AUGGCAACAUCAAACCAAAAACCAACAGCACACCUACCGAUCUUAUACAAUCCAUUUCUAAAUUGUCUAUUUAACAACCCACAAUAUUUCAAAUCCCCUUUCAAGAGCAUCAUAGAUGAAUUAAAAUCGAAUCAUACUCACUAUACGAUUCUUGUCCCUCCAGCAAACGUACUCCACGAAUAUUAUGAUCCGACAACAGAGAAUUCGAAUUCAAAGACAUUGUUAAGGGAACUAUGUUAUAACAAUGAAGAUUUCAUCAAGUCGCAUAUUAUAUCUACCGCAGCAGCGGUAUCAUCUACAAUUACUCCAAUAUCAAAAGAACAACUGGUAAUUUACAAUACUCUAAAUAAUAAACAAGUUCUAAUUAAAAAUAGAAUGAUUUAUACUGGUAAGGGGUUCAGAAGAAGUUUGAAAUUGAAAAUAGCCUCAAUUCUGUAUUUCAGUUCGUUUUGUGAUUAUUUUCCUAAAGGCAGCAAAUUUAUGGUUAUAUAUAUAGAAAACACUUUGUUUGGAGGUAUACCACCAAGAAAGCAACUUCCACCAUUACCAAUAACACAAGAAUCAAAUAUAACCAAAACGAAUUCUCUAGAUACAAUAACUUUUGAGAAAUUAUUGAGAAGUUUCCCAUUGCUUUCUAAAGCAGUAAGUGACAAGUUUUAUCGAUUAUUCCACCACAAUAAUUAUCAGUUUAGAGGGUUACGAUAUAAUCAUAGAAAGAAAUUAGCAAAUAUAAAGCUCGAGUUUCUGAAGAUUUUAGAAGAAGCAUUCAAAAUUAUACUGGAUAGUGUUAAUGUCGAAAACCCAAACAGUGAACAGACUUAUAAUUUAAUUAAUCAUAUCAUUGGCAUGUACCCUGGAAUAGAUCUUAACAAAUUGGUUCAUGAAUAUGUGGAAUUAAACUUGUAUGAUGUUUUAUGGGCUCAAUUGAUUUUUCAAUUUAAUUGUCCUAAUGAUGAUAAAGAAGAGUAUGACCCUGAGGCCAUGAAGAUAUUAACAAGUGAGAUGUAUGAAAAAUUGUCAUGUUUAUCUUUAAAUCAGUUGGACUUGCCGGUGGACAAACCUUGGCAAAUGAAUGAAUUACAUGAAAGAGUUUCCUUAGCAGUACAGGAAUUUGAGAAAUUGGCUGAUUCGUCCAUUACUAAUCUGAAUGGGAAAACUGGUGUCAUUAAUAACACUUUACAAAUACUAGCUCAGGGAAAGCAUUAUUUAAACAAGAAAUUCAAAAACAAUAAUAGUUUGGUUAUUAGUGCAGAUACUUUAAUUGGAUUGUUAAUUAUGGUUGUUGUUCAUUCCAAAAUUGAUAAUUUAGAGGCUCAUAUAUACUACAUUAAGCAUUUCAAUUCUACAGACCACAGUAAUGAUGGGCAAUUCAAUUAUACAAUGAGUAACUUGGAAGCUGUUUUGUUUCAUUUUUCACAAAAGGAAUAUGGCUAUGUUGACUUGAUUGAAAAUUCAAAGAAAAACUAUGACUUGUGGAAUGCCAUUAAAAAUCAGGAUCUUGAAUCUGUUCAAUCUAUUGUCGAUUCUGUAACUAAGGAAUACCCAGAUACAGAAUUACCAGAGAACCACUUCCUCAAAAGUAAGAAUAUAAAUGGUGAAAGUUGUCUUCUGUUUGCAAUCAAGGCUAAGAAUCUUGAAGUGUACAACUUGUUGAUCAACCUGAACGCCAGUUGGAUAUCCAUUGACGAUAUUUUAUUUGAAAAAAAUGUCACGUCAAACCAAAAUUUAUUAAUGUGUGCCCUUAUUGAAGAAAGUAAUUACGAAAUCAUGGAUGAUUUAGUUGACAUAAUCUUAGAUAAUGCUACUCCUGAAGAGCAAUAUAUGUAUUUCAAUCAAACUGAUUUAUCAGGAAGAAGUGUUGGCCAUUAUUUAUUUCAUAACUAUAAGCUUAUUGCAAAAAUUGGUCAUCUAAUAGAUUGGGAAUUGAAGGAUAAUAAUUUCCAUACUCCAUUAUUCAGUCUUUGUCGUUGUUAUGAUCACGCGGAAUACAUUGACAUAAUAGCUGCGGGAUUUGAUUGUGUUUAUCAAAAAUAUGGUGAAGAUGGAAUUGAUUUUGAUAGACAUGUUGAUAAGUCAGGUAAUACAUUGUUACAUGUUUUACUGAAAGGUAUUCCAGAAACAAGAAUUUUAUCAAACAAACAUAACUUGAUCAAUGUUAAUCAAUUAAAUCUGCGUUGUUUAUCUCCGCUAAUGUUAUAUGUCAAAUACAACAGAUUGGAAAAUUUGAAAUAUUUACUUGAAGAUUCAAGGUUGGAUUUUUUGGCAGAGGAUUUUAAAAACCAUUAUAAUGUAUUUGAUUAUUUAAGUUUUCUGGCAUUAAAAUCGAUUCGAACUGAAAAGUUUCAACAAAUGGAAAAGAUGAUUUUUGAAUUUUGUUUACAAAAUUAUUUCCCUAAACAGAAUGAUGAAAAUGUGGUUGCAUUGAAUGGAAAAUACGAUGUUAACAGGAAGGAUUGGUUGAUAUUUUUCAAGAAUGGAGAUGGGUUCUGCAAUUAUAAAUCAAUACAUGGGAUUCGACAGAUUUUAUAUUUGACAAAAUUGAAACAUCCAUUAUCUAGUUUCCCUGAAGAAGAUUCGCUAUGGAAAAAUUUUAGCAUCGGAGCUUCUACCACACCGAUGUUUUCUAAAUUUCGUAUAAACAAUUUGAUUGAGAGCUUUAAUAAGUUGUUUCAAAGUUUGGUAUACCUGCAAAGUAUUGAUAGAGGCAAAUUUUACAAAUCGUUUCUCAGUGAAUACUCGAAAGAAGUGCUGAUUUUGGAACAAAAGCAGAAAAUUUCAGAAAGUAUUGAAUUGGAGAAACAACAACUAGGAGAUGUAACAUUUAAGUUGAAUCAAAUUCAAGAGAUUGAAUUUUUUUUAGAAUAUUCGCUGAAUGAUCUUAAAAAGUAUACUACAUUGUUCAACAAAUUAGCGAAAUUGGUGUGCAUCGGAGACAUUAAACAAGUGGAUAACAAUAAUGUAUUAGAUAUCUUGAUUAUCAGACUCGAUGAUAGUACAAUUUUCAGUGACGCCUAUAUUCCACCAGAAGUCAAUGACCAAAGGGGUAAUUUUGGAGAGUUGAGAGAUUAUAUAUAUUGGAUACAAAUGUUUGGUGAUGAAGUGUCCAAAAAUAUUAACAAACUUGUCUUGGAUAUUAAGUCAUGGAAAGAAAUAUAUUAUGCCAUAUGUCAUAUAAAUCUGGAAUUGAGACAAAUAGAACCGCAACACCAAUCCAGCGACUCACCUGCCAAUGGACACUUGAAUGGGGGUGAAUCAUAUACGUCACGUAGUAAUAGCUCAUUGUCAAUACCCCAAAUACCAGAAGAAGAACUCGAGGAGGAUCAAGGGUUUUUAUCGAAUUUUGUUGGUACAAGCAAAAAAACUAAAUACAAGAAGCUUAUAGUAGAUAAAUCAGAAGCUGUCAAGAAUAUAAUGAAACUCAACACAGAAAUUAAAUGGGCUCAUGAAAUAAUUGCAUCAGAAAUAUCCAAUUUCUUAAAGUUUAGAACGGAGUUUUUACGGUUCGGUAUUAAAAGAUAUAUCAAUGAAGAAGUCAAGAAUUUAAAACAGCGUAAUGUUGAAUUGUCAAAAGUUUUAUAUAACAUUAAGCAUAGGAAGUAG